AUGAUCUCCGGCACCUCUGAACCCAGGCAAGCGGUGAUUAUUGACACCGACCCAGGGGUGGACGAUGCCAUCGCCAUCCUGUUGGCCCUGGCAUAUCCGGGUUUCGAGGUAAUCGGCCUGACUACUACGGCCGGCAACGUACCUCGAUCACGGGCAACCAGGAACGCCCUGGCUUUACUUGAUCAUGUUGGCCGCAACGAUGUUCCGGUGUACGCCGGCGCCGCACGCCCUAUUCAGGGGAAAUUCGCAUACGCCCGACACGUCCAUUCUCCGGCUGGACUCACGCGCCGGCUUCCGAAUCCUGUGACGCUGCCGUCCAACGUUGGGGCGGUGCGAUUCCUGGCGCAAAGUCUGCUCGCUGAACCGAAUGACGUAACGGUGAUCGCACUGGGGCCGCUUACCAACCUGGCCCGUUUGUUAAAACGAAACAGUCGGGCCUUGCAGUCAGCCAAACGCAUUGUCAUCAUGGGCGGCGCAGUAGACUUUCCAGGUAACGCCACGACCCAUUCGGAGUUCAAUUUUUUCAGCGACCCUACGGCGGCUCGCCUGGUCAUCGAAUCGGGAAUCCCGGUGACCCUGGUUGACCUGGCCGCUUGCCGGCAAGUUUAUCUGACCCGCGCCGAUGCCAGAUCGUUGAGCAGCCCGAACCCGUACGGUAAAUUGGCCGCGGAGUUGGUUUCCGGUUGGUUCAAUCGGGAUUGCAGCCGGGAGAAAUUCUGGAUGUACGAUCCGUUGGCAGUUGUCGCCGCCAUCGAAGCCAGGGCGUUGGACACGCACCGGUUGACCCUGGCCGUAGACGAUGCGGGGACCACGAAUGAUGGCAAUAAAUGGGGGCGAUGCACGGUAGUCUCCGGCGGCAAUUCAAACGUGCUGGUCGCUCAACCGGAUGGCGUGGACGCACGAUUGGCAUUGCAAACAAUCACUCAUCUGUUGGAUUGGAGCCGCGCCCCGAUCCCGACCGCCUGA